CUUUUAAACAGAUAUUCUGAACUGUCUUUAUCAUAUGUCACUUCAAAUCUGAUUUAAGAUACUGUCAAAAGUCGUGUCAUUACAACUUAAUUACUGAAAUGUUGCUGAACUUUCAAUUCAUAAUCAUUCUUGAAUAAUCUAACUUCGAAAAGUAUAAAUAAUUUAAAUGUAAAUUAGUAGAAAUAUUGCGAAAUCAACAGAUUAUGUCUUCAAACACAAAAAAAGCUGAAGAAUUGAUCGCCGAAGCCGAAAAGAAAGUGACUUCAAGAGGAUUGUUCAGUUACCUUUUCGGUAAUUCUAAAAAGAAAGAUGAAGCAUUAGAAUGUUACCGAACAGCUGCAAUUCUGUUCAAAAUGGCGAAAAACUGGAGUGCUGCUGGUAAAGCUUUUGUCGAAGUAGCGAAGUUGUCUGCUAAAAACGGAGACCGAUACGAUGCCGCUAUAGGUUAUGUUGAUGCUGCGAACUGCUAUAAAAAAAAUGAUGUUCUAGACGCUAUUAAUUGUUUCAUAAAAGCUAUAGAGAUAUAUACAGAGAUGGGACGUUUUGCUAUAGCAGCCAAACACUAUCAUACAAUUGCAGAAUUGUAUGAGCGUGAGAUCGUCGAUCUUAAACUCGCCAUGCAGUAUUACGAGCAAGCUGCUGAUUACUAUAGAGGAGAAGAUAAUAAUUCUUCGGCCAAUAAAUGUCUUUUGAAAGUAGCACAAUACGCGGCACAUUUUGGAAAUUACGAAAAGGCUGUACAAGUAUACCAAGAAGUAGCUUAUUUAGCACUAGGAAAUGCUUUAUUACAAUACAGUGCAAAAGAAUCUCUGUUUAAAGCUGCGCUUUGUCAUUUGUGUAUCGAUGUAUUUAAUACACAACAAGCGUUAGAAAGUUAUGUGAAAAAAUAUCCUUCCUUUAAUGAAUCUCGAGAAUAUAAAUUUUUAACAACUCUUAUUCGUCACAUUGAAGAAGAAAAUGAAGAAGGAUUUAGCGUUGCAAUAAAAGAGUAUGAUUCCGUUUCUCGACUUGAUCAGUGGCAUAUAUCAAUUCUUCUGCGAAUUAAGAAGCAACUUUUCGACAGUCCUGAUUUACGUUAACGUAUUUUCUACAGAUGCUAUUCGCAAAAUAUAAAAGAAAUUUAUUAAACUUUUAUAACCACA